AUGCUGAGCAGAAGCCUGGCAUCUUUGGCGGCUACAACACGGUUUGUUGGCCGGCGUUAUAGUCCUGCGUUGAGAUUCUACAGUCAGAGUGUGGACGAUACACCUGUGUUUUCCGAAAAACAUCUCUACCCUGCCGCAAACACGUUUGUGCAGUCCAGCACCACGCCUGUGCCGGCUACGAACCGACCUAUUCCUCUGAACGUUGCGCUAACUGAUGUUGCCGUUAUCCGGCACCCGGUCAUACAUGGCGACAAAGUAGCUGAGAUCACACUGGCGUCCUUUAUGUCCACCAAGGAUCUGGACUUUUAUGCUGAUUUCUUGCUCAGAGCCGCCUUUUAUUUGAAAAUCCCGGCCAAGGGCCCUACACCUUUGCCUCGCAAGUACAAGAAGUGGACGGUUAUUCGGUCUCCUUUUGUGCAGGCAAAGUCAAAACAGAACUUUGAGCGGGUUACCUACCGCCGGGUAAUCAAGCUUUACGACGCUAACCCCGAGGUUGUACAGAUUCUAUUGUCGAUUGCAAAUAAAUACCCUCUGGCCGGCGUGGGUGUGAAGGCUGUCCUCUACACGAACGAAAGUGCUGAGGUCGUUGAUGCUAUGGACCUGCCUUCCGACUUUGAGCUCGAGAACCCUCUCGCCAUCAACAAGGUCCACUUGGACGCUGCUGACGGCGAAGUUGCCCACAAAGUUUUGGAGCUUCUGAAGGACCCCCGGUUUUCUGAGGAACUUGUUUCAGAGCAGGUUCAAGAGAAGUCGGCCAAGAAACCGACCGAGAAACCGGCCAAGAAAGAUGAGCAGUGA